AGCGCUAUCAUCAACACCGGUGCUCAGAGAAGCGAAGCCGAUUCCCUGGAAGAGCUUUUGCGCCAAGAGCUGGCGGACACGCGGGAAGAAGCGGAGCUGGAGAGAGCUUUGCGGGAGACGCAGGAAGUAGAGCUGGGAACAAGUAGUACUGGUGUUUUGACCGCGGGCAGUAAGGAAAGCGAACAAGAAAACAGAACUGUGCCUUCGCUCGGAAACUCCGAGCCCUCCGGUUCUACUCGGGGGAAGUCAAAAGCCUAUAGUGCUGAAGAUACAGGUGCCAUUUCUGGGACGGGUAACAAGGAGCAAUUC